AUGUCAGAUGCUGAACAGAUGCUGAUAGCCAGGCUAGCACCUACUGUGCAUGUACACCUACUGAAGCAUGGAGGUAUUGCCUCAAAGGGACAUUGCAUUGCUUUCCCACAGGCUGUGCAAGAACCAGCCACUCUUCUUCUACGCCUACCAGCAGAGGUGGAUAUCAUACGCGUGAGAAGACAAGGAAAAGAUGGUACCCAUAAGGACUUCAGGGUUAGAAGACACCGUGUUGAAGGAGCCCUUUGUUGGCUCAAGGACAACAAUCCUGCUUAUGGUGAUGUUGUUAUUGAUGGCGCUCGCAUAGAGAAUUUACCAGACGAUCGUGAGUUGCCGAAUUUGAGGACUGUUGAGUUCUCUGAAACAGAACGCAUUGAUGACCAAGGCCCUGCACCACAACAAUUGGAUGUUGGGGAAACAGACAUCACUGAUGACUCAAUAGUCUCUGGAAUUAUUCUUCCUGAGCCUGGAGUGAAUGUGCAAGCACAAGUAGAAGCAGCCAUAAAUGAAAUUGUUUCUGAACCUCCGGAAGGUGGAGCUGUAGAAGCACAAUGAAAUGUGCAACGACCAGUGAUCCCUUGGCCGACCACGGGCACAACACCAGCAUCAGAGUUUACCACCCCCUUGUUUUUUACGAUGGCAUUUCCUUGCUUGUUUCCCUAUGGAAAGGGUGAUUUCCACAUAAACCAGCCAGUGACAUGUCCUUCACUUCAUGACUGGGCAGAGCACCUGCUGUGGUACCAAGAUGGGAGGUUUGCUAGGCAUAAGGUGUGGAAGUUUUUUGUCCACAAUAUGAUCAUGAGGAAGCGUGCCCUGGAGCAGAGCUGGUUCUUUAUUGAUCAGCAACUUGGUGACCCACACAUAACUGUUGCAGACCUGCAAGAGCGACUUGCGAGAGGUGACACUUUUACCGACAAGUUGUAUUUUGGCGCAAAUCUGCGCGGUACAGCUCAGUACUGGCACCAGAGACGCAGAGAGCUUCGUGCCCUUGUGGAGUUCAUGGUCAAUAAGAAGCGUGGGUUGCCUUCGUUUUUCAUGACUGGAAGCUGUGCCGAGUUUUACUUUCCUCCUCAUAGAAGGCUACUGGAGGAGUACAUCUUGCAGACCAAAGGUGAAGAAGUCAACCUUGCUGAAGAUAGCAAUGCCCGCUUCAAGGCAGUACAAGAAAAUACUCAUGUAGUGGUGAGUUACUUUGACCUGCGUACCCAGGCAUACCAUGAGAAGGUACUGAAGCCGGUAUUUGGUGUCUCUGAUUAUUGGUACCGCUAUGAGUUUGCCAAGACCCGCGGUCAAAUUCAUUGGCACCAACUCAGCUGGAGGGAAGACAGGCAACCACAUCAGCUAUUGCAUGAAGCUCGUGAAGAUGGUUGCGAAGAGGAAGAGUAUGCAGCUAGACUUAGUCAGUGGGCAGAUGAAACCUUUGCCAUGACAGCAUUACAUCCAGCUGGCAAUGACGAAGAAGGGCAGCCAAGAAAAAACCUCUGGCCACCACCUGAGGGAACGGCUGAGCCCAUAUCAGAUGAUAGGGAUCCCUUAGUUAAGCUGCUAAUGCAGAUCGCUGCAACACAAGAUGCAAUACUGGAGGAUCAUUUGCUUUUAGUAAACAGGGUUGGACUCCACAGUUGCUCUGAUUACUGCUUGAGAACUCCUCGCCAUCCGGAGCAAGGACUGCAGCCGAGAGAACGUGUAUGUCGGAUGGAGUUUGGAAGCGAGUUCCACCCAGGGAAAAAAGUGCACAGUAAUCCGGAAAUUGUGGAAGAUCAUAACGGAGCUCCCCGCCUGGAGAUGCCUCGUGACCAUCCACGUGUGGUUCAGCAUUCUCGUUAUCAGUUACAAUCACGGAGAGCAAAUGGGGAUGUAAGCUUGAUUCUUUCCAAUUCCCCUCCAGACAAUCCUAGCACUGAUGAUAUCAUAGCGAUAAUCGACUAUGUGUGUGGAUAUGCUUGCAAAGAUAGAGAACCCACUGGUGCAACUUCUGAUCUCUUUAAGGACAUGGUAAAUGCUGUUGAUGCAGCUGAUGCAGACCAAGUGACAGGCAAGUCAAUGUGUGCUAAGAUGCUGAUAAAGACCGCGGGAAGACGAGAUAUCAGUGGACCGGAGGCAUCCUUUGAACUGAGUGCGCUGGCAUUUUGGCGAUGUAGCCGUCCAUUUACCUACUUGUCAAUGUCAGGGUCAAGGAGACUUGAACGUGAUGGUGAAACUGCAACUCGCAGCAACCCACUGGAUAAGUACCUUGCAAGACCGCAAGAUGAACACUGUUCCUGGUACCACUCUGCAUCUAAGAACGGUAAUGUUCCUGUUGUAAGUGGUGGUUCUACUCACGCAACGUGGCCACUGAAUGAAGACUACUGUAGGACCAUGCUCCUGUUACACUGGCCAAGCUGGUUUGACAUCCAAGAAGUGAAGGGGGAUGCAGAAUCUUGGAUUGAUCGCUUUAAGGACUUUUUUGCAAGUGAUGACUGUCCAACAUUUCUGAAGGCCCAAGUUGCUAAGGCACGGCGUUUUGCAGACCACCCAUAA